AUGGGUUUUGGAGCUCCCGGUGGCGGUGCCGUCCCUGUGAAGCCUACGCCUCCCGAGCGUGGAAGCUUUCCCCUCGAUCAUGAUGGCGAAUGCAAGCACCUUAUUACCGACUACCUCAAGUGUCUGAAAUCGAGACGAGGUGUGAACGACGACGAGUGCCGGAAACUGGCCAAAUCCUACCUGUCUUGUCGGAUGGACCAGUAUGUUCUUGGUUUAUAUAUGCUAUUGAAGGAGUCAUGGCUAAUUCUCUGCGACUUACCUCUAGCAAUCUAA